AUGGGUGAGCUGUGCGGUUUAAAUGAAUUCGGUUUGGGUGGCAGUAAUGCCACCCGAACCCGUCCGAAUAUCCGAUGUAGCACUAGGGUUCGCAGAGACGGACAGACGGUGACCUGUGGACUCGGGAGGGUUGCAGUUUGCUUGCUAGGAAUCGAAGGCCCUCUAUUCUCGGGGGGAUUAUUGCUGAGAAACAAGAUGGAAAGUGUUGGUGGGUCUGGAAGUCAACCUCCCUCUCAAACUGUGGAACAUGAUAUGGGAGCAGAAGCUGUAGAGAAAGAUACAUCUCAGCAGUCUUUGCCUCCAUCUGUUCCUAAAAAAAGAAAAGAGGUUGAAACCAGAUCUCCUGUUUGGGAUCACUUUGAAAAAAUCAAGAACAAAGAUAACAUUGUUGUCUCAGCAGUGUGCAUAUACUGUAAAAAGUCUUACAAAUCUGAGACCAAAAGACAUGGGACUUCUUCUUUGAGAAAUCACAUUAUGACUUGCCUAAAAAAUCCUCACUCUAAGGAUACUAGGCAAUCUCUACUCACAUUCUCUCCUGCCUCUAGUUCUGGUUUAACUGAGUCUGAAGGUGCAGAAAGGGUUUUAGGAACCUGGGUUUUUGAUCAGGAGUUGAUUAGGAGAGCUCUUUGUGAAAUGAUUAUUAUUGAUGAGCUACCUUUUAGGUUUGUGGAGGAUCAAGGUUUUAGGAAAUUUAUUCUUGUUUGCUGUCCUAUGUUCAAAAUUCCUUCUAGAUGGACAGUAAGUAGGGAUAUUCUGAAAAUUUAUUCUGAUGAGAGGGUUAAUUUGAAGAAUUUCUUUAGGACUAGCUGCCAAAGGGUUAGUAUCACUACUGAUACUUGGACUUCUGUACAAAGAAUCAACUACAUGUGCAUUACUGCACAUUUCAUAGAUAAUGAGUGGAAGCUACAGAAAAAAAUAAUUUCCUUUGUCCCUAUUUCUUCACGUAAGGGGGAAUACAUAGCUAAGGCACUGGAAAGUUGCCUACUAGAGUGGGGGUUGAAGUCAGUUUUUUCUGUCACAGUUGAUAAUGCUUCUAGCAAUAAGUCAGUUUUUUCUGUCACAGUUGAUAAUGCUUCUAGCAAUGAUACUGCCAUAGGGUUUUUAAAAAAGAAUGCUUCUAGCAAUGAUACUGCCAUAGGGUUUUUAAAAAAGAAAAUGCUGUCUUAUGAUACUGCCAUAGGGUUUUUAAAAAAGAAAAUGCUGUCUUCGGGUUCUACUGCAGUAAGGUGUAAGUAUUUGCAUAUGCGAUGCAUUGCUCACAUCCUUAAUCUGGUUGUGCAAGAUGGAUUAAAGGAAUUUGAUGAUUCUGUUAAGAAGGUAAGGGACUCUGUUAGGUAUAUGAGAAACUCUCCUGCUAGGCUCCAACAAUUUAGAGAGCUUGCUGACUUAAUUGGGGUGGAAGCCAAAAACUCUUUGGUUCUUGAUGUACCUACAAGGUGGAAUUCCACAUAUUUGAUGCUGCAUACUGCUUUGCUGUAUCAAAAGGUUUUUGAAGUGUAUGAAGAUCAUGGCCCUUCCUUCAAAUCUGAUUUGGGUGGGAAUGUUCCUAAUUUCUUGGAUUGGGAGGCAGUAGAAGGGUUGGUGAAAUUUCUGAAAUCAUUUUAUGAAAUGACUGUUAGGAUAUCUGGUUCUUUGUAUGUAACUUCUAACACUUUCUUCUCUGAAGUGUCUGAUUUAUCUUGCAUACUUACUGGUCUGGUGGGAGCUGAAUCUGAUUCUGUUAACGCAAUGGGGAUGAAUAUGAGGACCAAGUUUGAUAAAUACUGGGGUGAUCCAAACAAGAUGAAUUUUCUGAUUUUUUAUGGAAAUAUAAUGGAUCCUAGGGACAAAAUUGAAUACAUGCCAUAUCGGUUUAAUCAAUUAUAUGGUGAUGAAAAUAGCAAGUCCUUGUUUGAGAAGGUUAUGAAAGACUUGAAGGAGUUGUAUGUUGAUUAUGUGACAAGUUUCCCAGUCCAGUCUAAUCCUGUUCCUGUUGAACAGUCUGUUCCCCCUACUGUUUUGUCUGAUCUAGUUUCUGUUGGGAGACCCCAAUCUUUGUUAAAAUCCCAGUUAAAAAAACAAAGAUUGGAGAGUGGAGAAUUAGGCAGAAAGAAAACUGAGUUGGAAGUUUAUUUGAGUGAGGCAAUUAUAGAAGAGGAUGGUGAAUUUGACCUCUUGAAAUGGUGGAAGGUUAAUGCUGGAAGGUUCCCUGUGCUUUCUAAAAUGGCUAGGGAUAUACUUGUUGUUCCCAUUUCUACAGUUGCAUCAGAAUCAACAUUUAGUACAAGUGGGAGAGUUCUUGACGCAUUUAGGAGUUCUCUUACUCCUAAAAUUGUGGAGGCACUUGUAUGUGCACAAGAUUGGCUUAGGUUGCACAAUCAGCCUCUUUCGGUUGAAGAAAACAUUGAUGAGGUUGAGAAAUUUGAAAAAGAGUUCUGCACUGGAGUUGGUUCUUCCCUGCCUACAAUACUAGUAAAUUAA